AAAAUGACACCGCGAAAGUGACUUCCUUUAUAUCGGGGUCCUCAUUGUAUCUGCCAUUGAUUUCUACGUUUCUCUUCUCUCUUCCCUCUCUGUUUACUGCACUCAAUUUUUCCGGCAAUGGUUCUGUAAACUGCAUAUUUUUUCUGAGUGGGGACUAAAAAUUAAAGGCCUCUUCAGUUUCUGAAGUUGUCUUGCUUGUUUUAAAAGUGUGAAUGGCAGAGGUCUGUUUUGGAGUUGUAACUGAAACUGAUUCAUCGUCAACGUGUGAAUCAAGUUCACGGGCGGUGAGGAGGAGGAGAAUGGAGCUUCGAAAGAUAAGAGUCAUCGCUGGAGUAACUCAACCCGGAACAGAGAAUGGAAUUAAACGUCCAAAAUUGAAACUUAUUUCCGGUUCUGUUUCAAGGAUUUGUCAUAACGCUGUGGAAAGUUCUAGCACCGACGAUGAUGAAGAGCAACUGAGAUUAGUAGAGACGAAAGGGUCACCGCCAACUAUUAUUUUGACUCCAUUUUUGGGUCCUUCGAAUUCUACUCUCCUUGUUCAAUCAGUGGCUUACCCAAAGUUUGGCUUCGCCUCUGUUUGUGGAAGGAGGAGAGAUAUGGAAGAUGCAGUCGCAAUUCAUCCUUCAUUUUGCCAAAUGGAACAAGGAAACAGUGGAGAAUUGCAUUACUUUGCCGUUUACGAUGGUCACGGCUGCUCUCAUGUGGCGACCAAGUGUAAAGAGAGGUUACACGAGCUGGUGAAGGAGGAGCUGGAGAACAAAGAAGGAGAUCAUGAAGAGUGGGAGCAUUCAAUGAACCGAAGCUUCAAUCGAAUGGACAAAGAAGUGAUUGAAUGGAACAAUAGCGUAACCGGCGCCACAUGCCGGUGCGAACUUCAUACACCGGAAUGUGACGCCGUCGGUUCAACGGCGGUAGUCGCAGUUGUUACGCCGGACAAGAUUAUUGUCGCGAAUUGUGGUGAUUCCAGAGCUAUUCUUUGCCGAAAUGGCAAAGCUAUUCCUCUUUCUAACGAUCAAAAACCGGAUCGUCCGGAUGAACUUAACCGCAUCCAGGAAGCUGGUGGCAGAGUAAUCUACUGGGACGGCCCUCGUGUUUCAGGCGUUUUGGCUAUGUCAAGAGCCAUUGGUGAUAAUUAUUUGAAGCCGUAUGUGAUCUGCGAGCCAGAAGUGACGGUAACUGAUCGCACGGCGGAGGAUGACUGUUUGAUUUUAGCAAGUGACGGAUUAUGGGACGUAGUCUCAAACGACACUGCAUGUGGCGUUGCCGGGAUGUGCCUGAAAAGGAAUGCAUCGCCGGCGUCUAUGCCGGGAAAUGGAGCCGACGGCGAGAUGGAUCCCGACCAAUGUUGCUCUGAUGCAUCGAUGCUUUUGACUAAGCUAGCCCUUGCUAGGCGGAGCUACGACAACGUCAGCGUUGUCGUGGUUGAUCUGAAGCACUACACGUAGAGAGCAUUGAAGCUUUUUUUUCUUUCUUGCAGCCUUUUUUUGCUUUAUGCUUUAACAUUUCAGUGUGUUUAUUUUGGGUGGUGUUCAGUUUUAGAUUAGUUCUUUAGACGGUUGAAAUUGGAAGAAAAUGACUUGGGGAAAAAAAGGGAUUCAACAAAUGAGAGUUUUAGGUUUUGUUAUCCUUGUUCUGCACUGCUUUAAAUUAUCCAAGGGAUUUAGUAUGUACAAAUUAAGACUAUAAUAUCAA